UCGCUCCGAGGCUCUGAUCUCCAGGAUUUCACUCAUUUCUGCUUCUUGCUUUCUUCUUUGGAGUUACCAACCCUCCACUCCCUUCUUCCUGCAGAUGCCUCAGCCCUGCUCCAGUUAGCAGCAGUUCUCCCACCCCCAGACGGACGUCUUCCUCCCGGAUCGAGCGGACAGGUGGACGGAUGAUGAACCGAGCCGGGCUGUUGGCGCUGGUUCUCAGCUGCUGGUGCCUCGCUGCGGCCCAGGAGCUGCCGGCCAACGGGCUGAACGGCUACAGCCUCCACCCGCCCUACUUCAACCUGGCGGAGGGUACGAAGAUCACCGCCACGGUGACCUGCGGGGAGGACGAGAGCGGCAGGAGCCUGCAGGACCUGUACUGCAAGCUGGUCGGAGGCCCGGUGUCCGGAGACCCGAGCCAGACCAUCCAGGGACAGUACUGUGACAUCUGCAGCCAGCAGGAAAGCGAUCGGGCCCAUCCCAUCACCAACGCUAUCGAUGGGACAGAGAGAUGGUGGCAGAGCCCGCCUCUGUCCCGUAGCACGGAGUACAACCAGGUGAACGUCACGCUGGACCUCGGACAGCUCUUCCACGUGGCCUAUGUGUUGAUUAAAUUUGCCAACUCUCCCCGUCCGGACCUCUGGGUUCUGGAGAGAUCUACGGACUUUGGGCAGACCUACCAGCCCUGGCAGUACUUUGCCUCCUCUAAGAGGGACUGUAUCGAACGUUUUGGACAGAGGACGAUUGAGAGGAUCAACAAUGACAACGACGUUAUCUGCACCACAGAGUACUCGCGUAUAGUCCCACUGGAAAAUGGAGAGAUUGUGGUGUCCCUGGUGAACGGUCGGCCCGGGGCCAUGAACUUCUCCUACUCGCCUGUGCUGAGGGAUUUUACCAAAGCCACCAACAUCAGGCUCCGCUUCAUGAGGACAAACACCCUAUUGGGACACCUAAUGGGCAAGGCGCUGCGUGACCCCACCGUCACUCGCAGGUACUACUACAGUAUCAAAGACAUCAGCAUCGGAGGAAGAUGUGUGUGUAAUGGACACGCUGAGGCCUGCAACGCCAAUGACCCCAAUGACCCUUACAAGUUGCAGUGCGACUGUCAGCAUAACACCUGCGGUGUUUCCUGUGACCACUGUUGCCCCGGAUACAACCAGUUACCGUGGAAACCUGCAAUGACCUACAGCGCUAAUGAAUGCGAACCCUGUAACUGUCACCGUCACUCUUUCGACUGUUACUACGAUCCUGAGGUGGACCGACAAAGAGCCAGUCUUGACAUCCACAGACACCACAGAGGAGGAGGGGUCUGCCUGAACUGCCAGCAUCACACCACUGGAGUCAACUGUGAGCGUUGCAUCCCCACCUACUACAGGUCACCUGAGCAUCCCAUCAACUCCCCUCUGGCUUGUCUGCCCUGUAACUGUCACUCAGAGUUCACAGACGGCACCUGUGAGGAUCUGACUGGACGUUGCUUCUGCAAACCAAACUACACUGGAGAGAACUGCGAUGCCUGUGCCAGCGGCUUUGUUAACUUUCCCCAGUGUUACCCCACCCCCACCGAUCCUACUAACAAUGACAACAACGGUGAGGCCAAACCAGCUGGAGAGAUCAUCAACUGUGAGUGCAGCGCUGCAGGUACUGUGGAUAACUCCUGCAGGCCGGAUCCUCGGACUCAAACCUGCGUCUGUAAACCUGGAUUCACCGGGGACCACUGUGACACCUGCACUCCGGGUUUCUAUGGCCUCAACUGCCAGGUCUGUCAGUGUUUGGGUCCGGGCUGUCUGGAUGGGUCAUGUGACUUGAUGACUGGUCAUGGAAUGUGUCGGAGCGGUUUCCAAGGUUACCAUUGUGAUCAGUGUGCGCCUGGUUACUUCAACUACCCCCUCUGCCAAUUGUGUGGCUGCAGCACGGUCGGCUCUCUUCCUGAGCGCUGCAAUGCUUCCGGCCGCUGUCUCUGUAAACCAGAGUUUCAGGGUCCUCGCUGUGAACAGUGCAGAUCAGGAUUCCACUCCUAUCCCAGCUGUCAAGAGUGCUCCUGUGAUCCUCGCACCUCAUUCGACACCAGCUGCACCGUCUCCGGUAUCUGCCACUGCCGACCCAACUACAGUGGGGCAUCAUGUGACCAGUGCUCCCCCGGUUACUAUGGCUACCCGAGCUGCACACCCUGCCAGUGUUCCCCAGAGGGUUCCCGCUACACGAGCUGUGACCAGCCGACGGGACAGUGCACGUGUCUGCCUGGCGUGGUGGGGCUGAGAUGUGACAACUGUGCACACGGCUCCUAUGGCUUUCCCAACUGUCAAGCUGGUAUGUGUCACCCAGCCGGAUCUGUUCAGAAUGUGGUGCUGCCACCUGUAGGUCAGUGUGAGUGCCGUCUUCACGUCGAGGGCCCAGCUUGUGACAGAUGUAAACCCCUGUACUGGAACCUCUCCCCUGAUACUGCUGAUGGAUGCUCCAACUGUGAGUGUAACACCGCAGGGACCCUGAGUGGUGUUGCCGAGUGUGUCCAGGAAACUGGUGAGUGUCACUGUAAGCCAAACGUCUGCAGCGGAACGUGCUCCACCUGCAAAGACGGCUCCUACAACCUGCAGGAUCACAAUUACUUUGGCUGCCAGGGUUGCCAGUGUGACAUUGGGGGCUCAGUGGGUCAGUUUUGUGGCCAACGAAAUGGUCAGUGUGAUUGUAGACCCAACGUGGAGGGCCCAAGGUGUAACCUACCUCGUCCAGAUCAUUACUUUCCAGAUCUCCACCAUUUAAAGUUUGAGAUUGAGGAGGGAACCAUGCUGGAUGGUCGACCGGUGAGAUUUGGUUACAACCUUCUGGAAUUUGCAGACUUCAGCUGGAGAGGUUAUGCUCAGAUGUCCCAGAUUCAGUCCAAAGUGCUGGUGUCGGUGUUUGUAACCUCUCCGGACCUCUUCCGUGUGGUGCUGCGCUAUAGCAACUGGGGUGGUUCUCCUGUUCGGGGCAGGGUGUCAGUCAUAGAGGACAGCUGGAAUUACUUCUGUGGUAACUGUUCUGAACAGUCCAAGCAAAUCGUGUUUGCACCGAGUGUGCAGCCCACCUUCGUCAAUGUCCCCCAGAACAACUUUGUGGAGCCCUUCGUCCUAAACCCAGGAACCUGGACCGUGAUUAUAGAAGCUGAGGGAAUAUUGCUGGACUACCUGGUGUUGCUGCCAAGUGCCUACUAUGAAGCUCCCAUCCUGCAGAUAAGGGUUACUGACCCCUGCACAUACAGCUCUGUACCUGAAAGCAGCCAGAACUGUCUGCUGUACACAUACCUGUCUCUGGACUCCUUCCCCUCCAUCUCUGGAAAUGAUGCUAACUGCCGCCAUGACAACCAUCUGCCACGCCCCUGCCCCACUGAGAAGGUUACGCUGCGUCAUCCUGACAUGGCCGUCUGCAGCGGAUUGGAUAUCAGCAUCGAGCUGCGAGGGCGUCUGGUCUCUCCUGGAGACUAUGUUCUGGUGGUUGAAUACUCCAGUGAAGAAGAGCUGCCACAAACUCUGACUGUCGCCGUCAACUCACCUCGAGCACAAACGCACCGCCACCAAGUCACCCUCCUGCACUGCAAGUUCAGCUUCCUGUGUCGAGUCGUGGCGAUCGAUGAACAGAACAGGGUGGCUGUCUUCUCGCUGCCUGCUGACACCGAGAUCCAGCUCUCCUCUGAGCGUGCCUCUUUCUUUCUGCACAAAGUCUACUUGGUACCCAGAGACCUGUUUACUAUGGAGUAUGUUGAACCUAAAGUCCACUGCAUCAGCACUCAUGGGCAGUUCUCCCCUGAGAGUUCCUCCUGUGUCCCUUCCCGCUUCCAGACACCGUCUGACUCUCUGGUUCUGAAGGAGGGCCAGAGCUCAUCUACUCAGGAGGAGCCCGUUCAGGCGUCUCCUGCAGAUGAGCCAGUCUGGAUGGCAGAGGUCCGACCUCCCUUUGGAGCAGACAACAACCACCACAUGCAUCUGGACUCGCUCCAGAAUGCAGCUGUGUACUCUGCUCGUGUCCAGUCUCUCGGCCGUUACGUCUUCAUCCUCCAUUAUCACCAGCCUCUUCAUCCCACCUAUCCCGUCCAGGUCUACAUUAAUGGAGGGUUGAUCUGGCAGGGCCAGACCAACGCCUCCUUCUGUCCCCACGCUUACGGCUGCAGGAACGUUCUGGUUUCAGAGAACCAGAUCAUUCUGGAUGUUACGCAUCACAACGUCUUCAUCACGGUGCAGAUACCUCCAGGCAGAACGUUUUGGCUGGACUACGUACUUGUAGUUCCUGAGAAAAGCUACAGCUCUAGCUAUCUGAAUGAGGAGCCUCUGGAUAAAUCCUAUGACUUCAUCAGCAACUGUGGUCAAAACAGCUUUUAUAUCAAUCCUUCCACUGCUUCUCCGUUCUGCAUCAGCUCGGCAGUGUCCCUGUCGGCCUUUUUCAAUAACGGGGCGAUGCCCUGCGCUUGUCAUGAGGCGGGAGCCGAGACCGACACCUGCGAACUGUUUGGCGGUCAGUGCAAGUGCAGGCCCAACGUGAUUGGACGAGACUGCUCCAUGUGCGCCACGGGCUACUGGGGAUUUCCCCACUGCAGACCCUGUAACUGUGGUACGCGGUUAUGUGAGCCAGUGACGGGGGAUUGUAUUUGCCCGCCGAGGACUUUGCGCCCUGAGUGCACCCAGUGUGAGCCGCAGACCUUUGGCUGCCACCCAGUGGUUGGAUGUGAGGUCUGCAACUGCUCUCGGCCGGGCAUCGUCUCCCCUGAUGUGAGCUGUGACACGGACAGUGGACAGUGCAGAUGCAGGAACAACGUUGUUGGCCGCCAGUGUGAUCGCUGCGCACCUGGUUUCUAUGGUUACCCCAACUGCAGGCCAUGCGACUGCAACGAAGCGGGAACCCAGGAGGAAGUGUGCGACUCCUUUACAGGACUGUGUCUCUGCAAGGAGAACGUCCAGGGCUCCCGAUGCGAUCAGUGCAGAAUCGGUACUUUCCACCUGGACCCAACCAACCCGAAAGGAUGUACCAGCUGUUUUUGCUUCGGGGCCACAGACCGGUGUCAAAGCUCAGACAAAAGACGGGUCGAGGUCAUGGACAUGGACGGCUGGGUUCUCCUUGGAGCAGACAGACAGGAAGUACCUGUGACGGUGUAUCCUGAUCAAGAUCUUGUAGAGGCUGACCUCAGUGAUGUUCCCGAUGUCUACCAGGACCUCCACUGGCAUGCACCGAAGACAUACCUGGGAGACAAGGUCUCAUCAUAUGGUGGUUCCCUGCGGUACCGUCUUCACACUCAGACCAUGAGAGGAGACGCGCUGCCUCUGCCGGCUGAAGCCUCCCGACCGGACAUUAUUCUAAAGGGGAACCAGAUGACCCUGGUGUUCAUGGAGAGAGAAUACUCGGCACCUGAAGACCCUCACCUGGGAAUUGUUCACAUAGUUGAGGGAAGCUUCCGUCAUGCUCAGACCGGCAACUCUGUGUCUCGGGAGGAGUUGAUGAUGGUUUUGGUCAAUCUGGAGUCUCUGCAAAUCCGAGCCCUUCACUCUCAGUCGGCCCACUCAGUGUCGCUCCGUGGCGCUGUGUUAGAGGGGGCAGCGGACCUUCCCUCAGGACGCCAUGCAAACAAUGUGGAAAUCUGCAUGUGUCCGGCCAACUACUUAGGAGACUCUUGUCAGAAAUGUGCUCCAGGUUACUACAGGGACACUAUCGGACUAUUCCUUGGAAAAUGUGUUCCCUGUAACUGUAACGGACACUCGGACCAAUGUUUGGAUGGAUCUGGAAUCUGUCUGAAAUGCCAGCACAAUACUGUCGGAGACCACUGUGAGAGAUGCAUGGGGGGCUUCCUUAGCAACAACAGCCUGGAUGGACAUGCUGUGUCCUGCUCCAGUUGUCCCUGCCCGCUCAGGGCUCCAUCUAACAACUUUGCAGAGGGCUGUGUGCAGAAAACUGACAGGAUGCAGUGUCUGUGUAUGCGUGGUUAUGCUGGACCAAACUGUGAGAGGUGCGCCCCUGGUUUCUACGGCAACCCCAUGGUUCUUGGCAGCAGGUGUCAGCCGUGCCACUGCAAUGAUAACACGGACCCUAACAUGCUGUUCACCGACUGUCACCCUCUGACUGGACAAUGCCUCAGCUGCAUGCACAACACCGCAGGACCUCACUGUGACGUCUGUGCUCCUGGUUACUAUGGAGACGCUAUACACGUCAAAAACUGCACCAAAUGCCAAUGUUCUCCAUGUGGAACCGAAUCCUGUGACCGCCACACAGGACAGUGUCGCUGUAAACCUGGAGUUACUGGACUGCUUUGUGACCACUGCCAGGAGGGGUCGUUUGGCUUCAACUCGUGCUCUGGCUGCCGUCAGUGUGAGUGCGAGGCCUCAGCGGCCCUCGUCCAGCCGUGUGAUCCGCAGAGCGGUCAGUGCACCUGCCGGCCUGGAGUCAAUGGACUGAACUGUAGACAAUGCGCUCCCGGACACUGGGACUAUGGACCUGACGGCUGCAGGAGAUGUGAGUGUAAAGGAGGCCGCUGUGACCCCCGGACAGGGGAGUGCCACUGUCCCCCCGGGAUGACGGGGAGACAAUGUGACACCUGCUCACAAAAAUACAGUGUUCCUGUCGAGGACAGGCACGGCAUGCACUGUCAAUUGUGUGACAGCUGCGUUAUCGUGCUGCUGGAUGAUCUGGACAGAUUGAACGACACCUUCAGCUCCGUCGCCUGGCAGCUGAGGAACCUCAACGCCAGCUCAAUGGCCUGGACUCAGCUCGACAGCCUCAACAAGUCUAUAGAAGACGUCGCCCUUGUCAUUGAGAACUACAACACCACGCUGGAUGAAAGCAGGAAUCGGGCCAACAUGCUGGACUUGGACAUCGUGGCCAACAAUGCUGAUAUUGAUGAUUUGCUCAGAAAGUCAGGAAUCCUGACAGACAGGGUCGAUGAACUAGAUGGCAGUACCUCCUACACACACCAGAGAGCAGAAGAUCUGCUGAAGUUCAUCAACAACAUCACCAUGGACAUCAACGCCUUGAUGCACAUGGCGAACCAGUCCCUGAACAAAACAGAGGUGGAUCAGGAUGAGGAGGAGCAGGAGCAGGAGCAGGAGCAGGAGAGGAAGAUCAGGGAGGUACAGGCCAUGCUGAGGGAGAUGAGGUACAGGAGCUGUGUGGGUGAGAAGAAACUGGCCGACAAAGAGAAGAGUGAAGCCGAGAAACUGUUGGAUCGUGUUAACAUGGAGCUGGCAAAUCGUCAGGAAGAAAACCUCAACUUGACUCGGGCCAUCAGGGACCGCCUGCUCCGCUUCCGCUCUGAAAUGAUUGACCUGCGAGACGCUCUGAACGAAGCUGUGAACAACACGGCCAGAGCUGCAGAACUCAACAGUGUGAAUGAGAAAACUCUGGAGAAACACAAUAGGAACAUUGAAGACUUGUUAAUGAAGCUGAAGGACGUGAAUGACACCAUGGACAUGGCUGUUGCUGAUGUCACUCAAGUCAACACUGUGGUUCAGAUGCUGCAGGAGUCCAAAGAGGAGUAUGAACGUCUGGCGGCGCAGCUGGAUGGCGCCAGGUCGCCUUUGGCAAAGAAGGUGCAAAACCUUGCUGGCACCAACUCCUUAAUCCCCCUGGUGGAGGAAGCAGAGAAACACGCUGAGCUGCUGAAUGCGUUAGCCAAGAACCUGACCAGUUUGGUUGCAGAGACCAACAAGGAUCCAUCUGUGGAUUUAACAAAAGUCUACAACAAUAUUGUCAACAACAUCAGUGCAGCAGAAGAGGCAGCUAGGUUGGCUGAGAAGGCUGCGAAUGACACUCUACAGAAUGUAAGGAACCAGGACCUUGGACAGGCAGCGAGGGCUCUGAAGAACCACAGCAUGGAACUGCAUGAUGAAGUCAAACAGCUGAACGAUGAACUCAACAACACCCUGAAGGGAGAGCUGGAGGAAGCUCAGAAACGGCUGAACGAAGCCAAAGCCAAACAAGAUCAAGCAAUGAAGGAUCUGGAAGCGAUUCAGAAAAGCCUCAAUUUCACCUCAAAUGUGACUCAGGAGAUUAAUGAAGCAAAAACGGUGGCAGAAAAAGCAAACAGUACGGCCACCAAGGUCAACAACAUGUUGGGUCCCAUCAAAGAGCAGCUGGACCAGUGGCAGCAGGCUUACGGUGAUACCAACUCCACCAGCAAUGACAUCAAUAUGGCCCUGAUAAAUGCCAGCGAAACGGUGCAAAAGCUGGAAGAACACAUUCCGACGCUGAUGAAGAAACUUGAUGAUCUGCAGAAUUAUUCCGUCCAAAUGCCAAACAUCUCUGAGAACAUCAACCGGAUCCGGCAGCUCAUUCAGGAAGCCCGCAACACUGCCAGCAAGGUGAGCGUACCCAUGAAAUUUAACGGGAGGUCUGCUGUUCAGGUUCGUACCCCUUCUAACUUGGCUGACCUGGCUGCCUACUCCUCGCUGAAGUUCUACAUCACCCUGUCAGAGACAAAGCAGAGAAAGCGUUCUAGCGAUGACACGAAGCCACAGCUCGUCUUCUUCCUUGGCAACAAAAAUUCUGAAAAGGAGUUUUUGGGCAUGAUAUUGAAGGAGAAGAAGCUGCACGGGUACUUUAAUGUUGGUGGAAAAACUGCUGAGGUGGUGAUGUCUGAAAAUGUCCAAUCUGAUGGAAGCUUCAACAAGGUUGUUUUGGAAAGGAUCCUCCAGUUCGGUGAAAUGUCCAUGUCUUCAGUCAGCCAAGAGCAGGGUGAGAUAGUCUUCAAAGAUGAUCAGGAGGCCAAAGGUGAUCAGGGACUGCUCAACCUCCUAACCAGCGACACGAUCUUCUAUGUAGGCGGUCCCCCGGAUUCUUUCCAACUGCCUGCCCCAUUUAACGAUUCAAAAGGAUUCAAAGGCUGUAUUGAGCUGGGCACGCUGAACGAGGAGGUACUCAGUCUAUAUAACUUUGAAAACACCUUCCAGCUCAACACCACAACGGACAAACCAUGCAGCAGGUCCAAGCCCAGCCUGAUCCAGUCAUGGGUGAUUGACGCGUCCUAUUUCGAUGGAACCGGCUUCGCUGAAAUCAGCUUGACUGAUGGGGUCACACGCUUCGAGCAGGAAGUCAGACUUCUCUCACGCAAAGGAAUAAUACUUAUGCUAAAAAACCAGACGAAGGUCUUGUGCCUGGCCGUGCUGCAGGGACAGCUCCAUGUCUUUUAUGACUUCAGCGGUACUUUGAUCGAUCUUCCGCCUGAUGUAACAAAUAUGAGUCUGCUGAAGAUUGGUGAUGGGGAUGCUAAAAGUCUGGACCUUAUCUUGGUGCCCAGGUCAAAUGUGGUGGUGGUGAGGAGCGCUCGUACCAUCGUAUUUAAACAAACUUUAGGCCAGGAACUACCAGAGUUCAAGAGCAAGUACUAUCUGGGAGGAGUACCAGAGGAGGAGAUGCCAGAGAGUUUGAAGCAGCUGUUUUCAGCGCGCAGCUCUGUGAGAGGCUGCUUCAGGAACGUGAAGAUCAAUGGCCUUUACGUCAAUCUGAAGACCAUGAAAACCUCGGGAGUCAGUUUCGGCUGUGAGGACGACCUCCUGGUUGUUCGGGAGGCUUAUUUCAGCGGUCAGAGCUACCUGGAGUUAGUCCUGGACAAGCCCAACAGUCUGAAGGACAACUUCUACGCCAGCUUCAGCUUCAGAACAGAUGAGAAAGACGGGCUCAUGUUGUACCACCGUGAUCAGGAGGGAAUCUGUCAGGUCUCUCUGCAGAAGGGGCACAUUGUGGUGAAAGCUGGCAACAGUGAGGUUAAGACUCAGAAGACGUACAACGACAACAACAGCCACAAUGUUGCUUUGUACAACAACAUCAAUGGGUUACGUCUUUACAUGGACGACAUGCUGGAGAAAGUCAACGGUGGCAGGAAGCCGAGCAGCACAUCACUUACUUUUACAACUCUUGAAAAUGUCACCUUUCUGGGAGGAUUACCUCAACAAAACAUCAACAACCUCACAGGAUGUAUCAGCAAUGUCUUCAUAAAGAGGAGCACAGCUGCCCAAAUGGUUCAGAACUUGCUGAAGGUGGAACAAAAUGUGAACGUUCCUCUGAGCUGUCCUGCAGCUAGCAAACCUCAGCAGAUCAUCGCUGAUCAGCGGAAACACAAGCAUAAGGUCAAUCAAAGGAAGCCGUCGAGGUCUCGCAGUCGGAGCGCCAGGGAGUCCUGCCAGACGGAGCUGUCACACCCUGAGAGCAGAGCGACCCACUUCAGUGGCUCCACCCACAGCUACCAGCGAUAUGAUUCUGUGGUGGGCUCGCUCAGGUCCAUCUCUCAUCUGUCGUUGGAGUUGAAGAUCAACUCCUCUGAUGGCUGCGUGCUGCAUGCCGCCGGCAGGCAGCAUGGCGGAGCGGCGAUGUCACUCAGCGUCUUGAAAGGCCACCUGAUGCUCUCAGUAGAGUCAGCAAAAAGUAAAGUCAAAGUCCGCAGCCUGAACAAAUACAACGACGGGCGGUGGCACCUGGUCUUCAUAAAGCAUGAAGGGAACAAGAUCAGUCUGACAGUGGGAGGCAUCAGCGCUCGAUCUAAGAGGAUACCCGGAGGUGCCAAGAUGCGGAUCACUGGGCCUAUAUUUAUCGGAGGAGUCCCAGCCUCAGUCAAGCCUGCAGUCUGUGGCGGUUUCAUCGGAUGUUUCAGGGAUCUGAAACUAAACGCAGUCCCUGCAGGAAACCCAGUUUACAGUCAGGGUGUGGUGCCCUGCUUCCAGAACCCUCUUCAACCUGGAGCGUACUUCUCUGGACUGGGAGGACACAUGGAAACUGAUGACUCUUUGGUUCUGAGUCGGGACCUAGAGAUCCAGCUGGAAGUUCGACCCGCUUCCGACUCUGGGCUGCUGUUGUAUGCUGGAACUUCAUCUGACCAGUUCCUGAGCUUGGUCCUAAGCCAGGGAGAGGUGAUUGUUUCAGUAAACAGUGGCAAAGGUGAAUUCUCUGCCUCUUUAAUGCCUGAAAAACCUCUGUGUAACAGACGCUGGCACACAAUCACAGCGGUGAAGAGGAACAACGUUCUGCAGUUGUUUGUGGAUGGAACAAGCGAGCAGAACGUGGGCCCCAAACGGAGCCACUCUGCAGAGACCAAAGCUACCGUGUACCUUGGAGGUGCACCGAGUGAUUUCUUAGUGGCCAAGCACCCUGACGGUUUUCCUGCUUUCCACGGCUGUUUCCGCCAUGUUAGCAUCAACCGUAGACCUGUCGUGUUGUCCAAACCGCUCUCUGUACAAGGAGCCGUCGGGACUCAAGGCUGCCCUCACAUGUAGCGCCUUCACAGGGCAUAUCCUCACAUUCCCUGACAACAAAAAACUUGGUGGUGGGUGUCAUGUUACUGUAGCUAAUUUAAAAUAUAUUAAUAUUUAUUUUAUUUUUUGUUUAAAAGCAUAUUUUAUAUUUUCACAUUUGUCAUAUAACGUUUUUGUGCUACAGGGUGCUACGUCAGUUAUAAUUGGUUUAACAGAGAAUCUUUGAUUAAAUUGGAUAAAUAUCAACUUUAAAAUGAAAUUUUAUGUAAAAAAAAAAUGAAACGUUCCUGAUUCUGCUACGUAGUCAGAAAAUUGUUAGGUUUGAGUUAAUCCGAGUCUGUACACUGCCAUACAUCAUCAUCCUCCUCAGGCAGCAUCACAUAGAAGCUGUUUAGUUGAGCUCAAACAGGCCACUAUAGCAAAAUUACAAUAAACCGCACAAUAACUUCCUGUCAUGUGAUGUUUGACUGAGCUGAUGUCACAACUUUUCAGACACAUUUGGGCUAAAACACAAUUUUUCCAUCAUAUUUGUUUAAUAAAUUUUACUUUAAAUGUUUGGAGACUUGAAAUGGAACAAAAAUGUAUCCCAGUAAAUCAGUUAAUUAAAAGAAAUCAUUUGCAAUGUAAGGUUUUUGACCUUAAAUAACCCCAGCUCUGCUUAUUCCCCUUUUUUACCCAUCUGAUCAUAAUCAUCUCUUCUGUUUUUCUGUCUUGAAGCUGUCUUUAUUUUUAAACAUGUAACAAGAAAUUCAAGCCUGUGUCUGUUAACAUUUUUUUUUUAAAUACCCCAGAAAGAAUAAGCUGCUGCUCCACUCACUCCCAGCCCUCAUGUGUUUGAAUAAAGUCUUUUGAUAUAAAAUGUA